AUGCAUAGAUUUUAUUUUUUGUUCAUCGUGCUUUUCAGACCCGUAGAAGGCUUCUAUCUUCAAGAUGAUUCUGAAGAGUUUAUUGCUGAGCAAGAGCCAUGCAAUGCUGGUUGUAAAAAUGGUGGUCAAUGUUUUCUAUCAUCGUUUUGUAUAUGUCCAAAAGGAUUUUCUGGAAGAUAUUGUGAAGUAUCUCUUAACGAACAGUGUGGCACAUUUCCAUCAAUGACAACUAUGGAAAUAGACUGUGUCCUAUGUAUUUGUUAUAAUGGUUUAUUUAUGUGCGAUACGCAACCGAUUGGUCUUUGUCAUCGUAAAUCUGAUAUAUUUUUAACUCGAACAAUGCGUAUAAAACGUGCCCUUAAAAUGAUUCAAUAUCGUUUCAAAAAUAUAAAAUCAUUUGAACCAAUGAAGAAGUUCAAUGUUACAUUAGAUGAUGAUACUCAACUUAUUCAUUUAAAUGGCUAUCGAAUCGUACUAAAUCAUUCUUCGUCUAAGCUAUCCUCCUAUUUCGUUAUAUUCCUCUGUUUAUUGUCUAUUUAUUGGUUGAAAUAA